GACAUGACUUUUCACUUGGUCACAGCCCGACAGAGUUUUAGUCAUUUGGAGCCACACUGGGGGAAAAAAAAAUCACCUUGGAUCUGAUUCUAGCUGAGAAUCAGGGAGCUCUGGGCAUGUUGGCUGCAGCAACCCCCUAUGGUCUUUACUGAGGUGUCCUGUGACUCAGCUCUUCAGAACGUAAUGAAGUAGAUGACUUGACUACAAUGUGGGAAAAUCAUGACAGAAAGUGCGGUUUGUACCGGGGCCGUCAGUGCUGUAAAGGAAGUCUGGGAAGAAAGAAUAAAGAAACACCAUGAAGACGUGAAGCGGGAGAAGGAAUUUCAGCAUAAGCUAGUGCGGAUCUGGGAAGACCGAGUAAGUUUAACUAAGCUGAAAGAGAAGGUGACCAGGGAAGAUGGAAGAGUCAUUUUAAGGAUAGAGAAAGAAGAAUGGAAGACUCUCCCUUCUUCUUUACUGAAACUGAAUCAGCUACAGGAAUGGCAACUUCACAGGACCGGAUUGUUGAAGAUUCCUGAAUUCAUUGGAAGAUUCCAGCAUCUCAUUGUGCUAGAUUUAUCUCGGAACACAAUUUCAGAGAUCCCCCGAGGGAUUGGACUGCUCACUAGACUUCAGGAACUGAUUCUUAGCUACAACAAAAUCAAGACUGUCCCCAAAGAACUGAGCAACUGUACCAGCUUGGAGAAGCUAGAACUGGCUGUGAACAGAGAUAUAAGUGACCUCCCACCAGAGCUCAGCAAACUGUUAAAACUCACUCACCUUGACCUGAGUAUGAAUCAGUUCACUACGAUCCCUCAUGCUGUGUUGGACAUGCCUGCCCUCGAGUGGCUGGAUAUGGGAAGCAACAGCCUGCAACAGCUUCCUGACUCACUAGACAGAAUGCGAAGUUUACAUACACUGUGGCUGCAGAGGAAUGAAAUAACAUGCCUGCCAGAGACAAUCAAAAAUAUGAAAAACUUGGGUACUCUUGUUCUCAGCAACAACAAACUACAAGAUAUCCCAGGCUGCAUGGAAGAAAUGACGAAUCUGAGGUUUGUCAACUUCCGAGACAACCCACUAAGACUGGAGGUGACGCUUCCUCCCAGCGACAACACAGAUGGAGAGGAAGAACAGGAGUUAUUUGGGCUGCAGUUUAUGCACGCAUACAUACAAGAGUCCCGGAGAACAGAAGACCAAGUCAACUGUCUGACUCAAAUGCCAAGCUCUAUACAUUCUGAUGGAGAAAGUAAUUGAAAGAGCCCUGCUGAAAAGGAAUACUUUGACUACUUGGUGAAUAUUUUUGUGAAUAUCGAAAUAUAAUUUAAAAAUAAUUUAAAUUUUUUUGUUUGUGGAAGACAAACGUCACGUUCAUGUUUCCUUUCAUUGAUGAUGUUUUUCCUGCGAUGACGGAUGAGCUGGUACGGCAGUUAAUAAUACGUUUUCCAGAGACACCAAUGGGUCCGUAUAGUACUGUAAGGCAGGACUGAAGCCUUUCUGCUGUAAAUACUGGAGUCUGCCUUGGUCAAUCAGCAGUUUACAAAGAUGUCCUAUUUUCUUCUUUUCUUCAACAGUAAGAAUCCUACAUGGAAUAAGCACACAAAAAUUUAAAGUUUGGUAAAAGUUCAUACCAAGUUUGGCCACUGCCAUUUACGAAGCUGCUAACUAGCCAACAGCACGUACUAGGCGCUAUGUCUGAUGCUUCUAAGACGCCUUUUCUUCUUUUUAAGAUUUAUUUAUUUAUUUUGUUUAUAUGAAUAACUGUCUUCAGACACACCAGAAGAGGGCAUCAGAUCCCAUUACAGAUGGUUGUGAGCCACCAUGUGCUUGCUGGGAAUUGAACUCAGAAACUCUGGAUGACCAGUCGGUGCUCUUGACCACUGAGUCAUCUCUCCAGCCCCAUCUAAGACUUUUCUUUAUGAUCACAAUUAAAAUAUGUUUUAGUUUAUUCUAAAAUUAGAAUGUAAGCUAUAUUUUCUAAAUUUUUGAUAACAGUCAUCUAAGGAAAAAAAAAAAGAAUCCUUCUCCUUCAGUUUUACUUUGUAUACUUGAUCUCAGCCAAAAGACUAAGAAACAACCAUUCGGUUUUAUUUGCUAUGGUUUCUCCUGGCCAAGGUCAAUCAGUGUGAAAAUAUUCAAUGGAAAAUUCUGAAAAUGAACCAUUGGUAGUGGCAUUCUGAGUAGCAUGGUGAAUCAUGGGCCACCCACUCCUUCCUAUCCGGGGAAUGAACCUGUGCCUCACACAUGAGCAUCCUUAGCACAGCCACACCGUGCUGCCCACUUGCUAGACGUUGUGCAGCCAUCUUGACUACCAGAUGGACAGAGUAGGUAAGUGCAAUGCUAGUGUGUGGGGUUCUGUUUUAUCUACGGUUCGAGGCAUCUGUGCAGUCUCACCCACAGGAGGACUAGUUUACGGGGAUAAAGUAUCUCCCUGUAGCAUGGUGUUUGUAGCUGUCGUCACUUACCCAGGCAAACUGUCAGUGUUGCCAUCUGUGAGUCUGUCUCCUCCAUCAUCGUGCUCUUCAUUCUCAUCCCUUUGAGCAUCUUUUCUCUCUGGAGUAACAUCCGAGCCUUCCAACGAUGUCCUCAUUCCACACGUUGCCCAACUACUCAUUCUCUGGAAAUAGUAGAACUCUACCGCCCCAAGUCCAAGAGCCUUGAAAUACUCUUUGCCCACAUAAUGUCUCCAGUCACACCUGUGGUGACAACAGAGCGCAAUCACAAUGCCAGCCACCGGGGUCCAUGUCUCUGGGACAUCUUUUUCACUUCCUUCCUUGGCCAAAGUGUUACUUUCUUUUUCUGUCUUAUCAUUCUUUAUGCGUUUGGCUAAAGGUUCUUCAUCCUUUUCCUCAAAACUGGCAGCAUAGGUUUCAACCAAACAUCGUAAUGCAACAUCUGCAAACACAAUCAUGUGCCCCCACCAAACCGCAUCAUCUUUAAAGUUCAGUAAGCAGUAUGGCUAGUGCAAAACAUUCUUAACACACAAACCAGCAAAAAUCUACUUAGCUAUAUACUGUAACAAUUCUACCAGAUAUUAUACAUUUUUCUCAAAUUUUCCAUCUUAAUUUUUCUAGUGAUUUAUUUGCCCAAUAAAAUUAUUUUAAAUAAAAUUAAAA